CAGUGAUUCAUUCUGUCUUGUCUGCUGAUGAAAAUGUUUGCCUAGGAUGAUAGCCAACUAAAGGUGGUGUGCGUGAUCAUACCGAUGCUGGCGUUUAGUUCGGUUGCAGAGCCAGUGAUUGGUUAUUGGUAAAGGGAUUGAUCAGUGAUUGAUAUUGGUUCAGUGGAUACUCUCAACACUGGGAAGCUUUGAAUACGAGUCAAAGUUUUUCUCAUAUUGGAAAAGGCUCAAGGGCGAUUAUGUCUUGCGUUCGAUAGCAACAUCGCAAAGUGUUUUCUUUCCUGAGAGGUUACAAGGAGGCAGUCUUUUUGUGCCUUUUGUGGAUAAUUUCGGAUAAUCCUCAUUCACUUGGUUUUCAAGUGUUUUCAUGUGUUGGAAUAUCACUGUCUGACUACUGUCUUUUAGUCCAUGUUCUCACUCUCGGGAGAGUAUAUUUGUAGUUUGAAUUUAUCGCAGGAUUGAGGUUGAUAGGACUGAAAGUUUGAUUCUGAAUUUCUCGAAAGCAGGACUAACUGACCUGUGCCCAAGUAUGUGUGGUGAAUGGAGCCUUUGACAGCAGUACUUGUAUUUUGCGUAGCAGUUUGUUGCCUAGUCCUGUUUUGUGUGUCUUGCUAUUGCAUUUGUAGUCAGUAAAGAAAGGGGCAAAACCCAACAGACAUUAGGUCUGCUCUAGUUAGUGUAGCCAGAGAGCCUUUCUUUGGAUAGUGAGAAAAAAUGUCUUUCAUGAAGAAAUGUGAUGUGACUGAAUGAUGGAAAUUCUAAGGCAGCAAUUCAUGGAUAGAAUUCCUGUUGUGAUCUGUGAUAUUUAGGUUGUCAUUCUAAACAUCGGGAAUUAAUGGAAGAUUGUCAAUUUGAAUAAGAGGUGAUACCGUCAGUCCGUGCGACAUUGUCUUUAUGGUAGAAUGGAAAAGCCAAGGGAAUGGACAACUAGAGGAUAUUGUGAUCACCCAGGCACCAGCAAACAGUCAGUGUUGAAAGACCAACCCAGUAUUCUGCCAUUUUUAAGGGCAUCAGAAACUGUCCGUCGGAAACCUGCUGACGUCGUAAAGGAAGAACAGGAGUCUGGUGACCCAGAACCGCCAGAUGAACGGUCUGUCCCUGGCCAAGUGGAUGAGAGAAUACUUGGUUCAUCCAAGAUAGACACUGGGCAAUCUGUGUUUGACAGGCAGUUGGGCAGGUUAAGGAGCAAGACGGUAUCGAGAGAUUCAUUCAGUAAUUUCCCUGACUUGGUAUGCUCAAGAGAGGACCUACCUCACCCAAGCAAACUCAGAUCAGGUAAAAAAGGUUGUCAACGGAAAGAAAGGACAAGUGAUGAUAGCAAGGUAUCCAGUCACCUCAGUCAGAUGAAGAAGAGACUGAAUUCAUGGGAGGAUACUCCUGGUGUACUCCAGUUAAUGAAAGAUAGAAGAAAGAAGGCAAAGCUAGACAAUGUUCAAGACCAGGUCACAAAAAACACAAUCCCGACACCUGGGAUUUCGGGCAUUCCCCCUCAGUUCUACCAGCCAGUAUUACGGCGUGGCAACCCAGAGCAGGAAACUUUGCCACAACCAGCUGAUGGAGGGCAACAGUUUGUUUCGAGGCUGAGUUGGCAAGACCCCAUUGGCAAAGUACUUAGUCUAGCGGACUUGGGCUCGAUGUCUGCCUUGAUGCUGCCUCAUCCUAAUAAACUGAGGUAUGAAAAUAACGAAGACAGAACGAAAGCUGAAAAGCCACACAGACUGAAAGCAAAGCAGGAGGACCGAGUUCAUGAUCACAUAGCUCAACUCAAGCGCAAGUUAAUUCUUGGUGAAAACCUGCCUGCUGCCGAGUUUAUGAAGGAAAUGCUACCAGUGAUGUCACAGAACCCACCAAGCCCUACUGAGGGAGCUCCAGCCCCAGACUUGCCAACCCUGUUCUCUCCCUAUCGCCCAGAACCUUCAACAAGCCAGAGCAGGUUGCCACCCUCAAAUCUGUGGUUGUGUCCACAGAUAGACCAAGGUAACCCAGGGACUUUUGAUCUGUAUAAGGAGAAUAUGCAGCCGGAGAGAUGGUAUCCUAGUGCUGGACCUUCUGUGUCUUUGGCAGCCCCCGUGAAAGAAUCACCACAACAGGAGCCUACCAGUGUGAAGUGGCCAAUACUUGAUCUUUCGCAGAUUGAUUCAGGACGUUUUGCUCUGAAUGGUUCAGCUCAUCUGGAUCAGGCAAGACUUUGGCAUUGUGACAGUGGUGGUGAUUCGUCCUCCAAGUAUCCAACAAUAACAGGGUGUGACCGACUGGAUGAGGAGUAGAUCUGUGAUAGAUUUUUCACUUGUAACUUGUAGGAGCGCAAUGAAACACUAGGACUCAGGCUUAAAGGGGCAACUUGGGUGUGGGAUUUAGGUGGUUAGGCGGAUUUAGGUGGUUAAUACACCAGUGUCAAACAAAGGCUGAUAUUUUAUAAUGAUUUUUGCUGGUGUUGGACAUGGCCUGGGACUUUAAGAUGGAUGUAUGGUUCCAUUCCAGUCCACGCUGCUUAUUGAAGUUCAACGAGGAAAACUCUCAGAUAUGCUGGGAUGCCAUUUCUUUUUGAAAACCAAAUUAUUUCACACCCAGGUUGUCCUUUUGAUAGGAAAUACCUUGGGAUUGCUGUUACUGAUAACCCAGGAUGACACUGAAGUACCGGUAGAUAAUAAUUUUAGCUGUCGAGGCUUUUGUACCAAUGUCUUUGUGCAUAGUUUGGAUUGUUGUAAAUGAAUAUGAUAUUAAGCUAUAGCCAUGAAAUCUGUUGUGACUUGUAUUAUAUGCACUUUAUUGGAUGGGGAGAAAACAUAAAACACACUGGUGCGCCUAUCUACCUCAACCUCAGUUUACCAUAACAAAGUUAGGAUGUGACCACAGGUAUAGUGCGCUGUGCAGGUCAAAAAGUCUUGCUCUUUUCUAAGAGGGGAAUGUUUUUUCGGGACAGUUCAAGUUUGAAAUAUUUGGCUUCUAGAGUUAAAAAAAAAGAUUUGCAAAAUCAUGUCAUGUUUAUAUUGUACAUAGAACUAUUAAUAGUUACAAUUAUUGUUAUGUUGGUUGAAUUGAUAGAAUAAUUUUGUGUAGAAUAAGACAUUAUGGCUUGGCAAAUCGGGGGUUCUUAAUUUCAUAGAUAAGCAUAGCUAUUUUCUGCAAUAUUACAAUAUGAUGUAGUUUGGUGAACUUCCACACAACAAAUGCUUCACUCUUGCAGCAGAGGGUCCAAGAAAAAUCUUCAGGGUCUGGU